AGGAAUGCUCCUGUCUGGCUUCAGGUAACUGAGAAAUCCUCAUGCAGCAAAUACCCCUGUAGGCACCUUCCCUGUACACGUUCCAUCCAGAGCCUCUACCUCCGACCACCUCUCCCAAUCCCCCUCUCACUCCAAGGGAAGGGUGGGAAGGAUGCACUGUGAUUUUCCAGGCAGUGGCAGGGAUGCAUCCCUAAGGAGGGUGAGGUGGCUGGAGUGGGAAGCUUCUCAGCACAAAGCAGGUUUGCCAUCUCCAGCCACUUUUUGCAAUUUAGAUCUUGCUGUAACUCGCAGUGUUUUGGCUCACAACCAGUCAGCUGGGAAGGAAGGGGUUACUUGGUGACCCAGAGCUUCCUCUUGUCAUGGCAAGGCAUUGAGAGAGAAGAGGAUUCUGGAGGUUUGUGCUUUCUGCUCUUUCCAAGGGGUAUAUUGGAAGAAAGCCAGGGAGCCAACUUUGCUUUGUGUGUUUGGGUCCCAAAACUUUUAGUGGAAGCAUUUAAUUCUGGGAAGAACGGCGUUGUCACUCAAAAUCCCAUAGCUGUCCCAAAAAAAAAGUGGUUUGGGGAGGAAAUGAGACACUUCUUCUUGAGAAAACAAACAAAAGCAGCCCAGCUCAAGCUGGCUGCCCACUCCAAAGCCGAGGAACAGUGGUUCAGGGGUUGGAUGGCUGUUCACCAUCCCAGUCCAUCAUGGGACAGCAACCCAGCAUCAACCAGCCCAUCAACCUGCACCCACUCUACCCCUGUCCCUGCAUCUCUGCUCUGGCCAGGCCCUCCAAAACUCCCCAAAACCUUUUGGCUCUGUACAGGGGAAGGGCUGUUGGUCCCUGCUGGGAUGGCUAUUAUGGUGGAGGAACCUGCUGUAUUUUGGCAUUUUCCUGGGAACUCAGUGACUGUUUCAGAAGAAAAAUAGAGUCUCUGUCAUGGAACACCCCCGGGGGUGAGUCAUGAGCCCUGGGUGGAGAGAAGGAAGGAACUGUUCUAAAAAGAAGACAUCCAGGGUCUGUGGGUAAGUACUGCCCAAAGAAGUCACAGGAGAAGACAGCUUGGAAAACUCUUAGGACAUCCAUGUGCAUGUGGGCCUGGCUUCAUCCUGAAGGAUUUUUUGUGAAAAACCACGGAGAAAACUCCACCUCGGGAGCACGAAGCUGGAAAAUGAAGAUUUUCUUAAUUUGGAUCCUUUUCCUCAUGACAGCCACGAGCACAGGUGACUGGGCAGUGACAGGCCCCAAGCAGGUGAGAGUGGAGCAGGGCAGCUCACUGGAGGUGUCCUGCAGCUACAAGCCACGCUACAAGCUCAGGUCCAAGUACUGGUGCCGCAAAAACUCUGCCUUGUUUUGCUUCACCUACAUCAUCCAAACCAAUGGCUCAGAGGUGACAGUGACACAGGACAGGGUGUCCAUCAGGGACAACCACACAGCAAAUUCAUUCACAGUGACCCUGAGCAGCGUCACACUGGCAGAUGCAGGCCAGUAUUUCUGCGGGGUGAAGAGGAUACUGGCGAUCAAGGGGAGGCACAGCACCCAGGUCAUGGUCUCUGCAGCUCUUUCAAGCACGACUGAGGACAGCAACAUGACCCCGCUGACCACCAAUCCUCUGUGCCCCAGGGGAUGUGGGGAGCCUCCAGAGCUGUCCCACUUCGGUGUCACCUUGCUGCUCCUGCUCAGCAUCAAGGUACUCGUGGCACUGGCCAUGGUGUGCGGGGCAGCCUGGGUGAGGAGCCGGGGCAGGAGCCGUGACCAGGAAAUCCUGCAGCCCUUGGAGGUAUCCAGCAGCACCAGGGCACGGGGCAGCCCACCCAUCCCAACCUCCUCCAAGCUCCAGGGAUGCCCUCCUGCCUGCCUGGCCCCCAUCCUGCUGGGGCUGUGCCACCCCUCACAGCCUCCCCGUGCUAAGAGGGGCUCAGCUCCUGUAACGGAGGUGGUACCAGAGGCAAAAGAGGAAGCGAAGCCCCAGAGACAGAAGGAAGAGGAGCAGCAGGGCUGCCCCGACACGUCCAUGUGGCUGCUGCGGCUGCUGGCCCCGGCACUGCUGCCAGGCUCCGGGACAGCGACAGUGCCCGACAUCCCGCAGAGAUUCCUGAGGAAAGCCCUGUCGGUCACCUGCACCACCUCGAAACUGCAGCCCGAGGGGCGGUUCUUCAUUCUGGACAGCUGA